AGAAAAUAGAUGUGCAGGUCCCCAAAAAUAGACAGCUUUCCAUUUACAGAGGCAAAAUAUUAUGAUAAUAGAAUCUAGGAAAAUAUUUCAAAAUAAUGGAUUGAUGUAUUCAAGAAAACUAUUUUUACUGUGUGCAUCUCAAACUCCAUCAAGUUGUGUUUUUGUGAAGUAGUUUUGCAGAUCCUGUCAUUGCAGACCAACAAAGCCAGCCGUGUGAUUUUCUUGCGGUCUUCUCAACUACAACAGUCACGUGAUUUUUAGCUAACUAUCCCAGAGCUUUGUCCUCGCAGCCACCCACUUCCUUUAAUCUUUCACUGCAUUCACUGUCUCUCAGAGGACAUUUACCCUCCUAGAAAUGCCUAUAGGAGCAGCAGAGGAGCUGUGAUGGACCAUUUCUUCAGAUGAAUGAAAUGAUUUUCCAUUGGACUUGCUUGAAAUAACAUCAGCUGCAAAGAGACAUUAGGACAAAAGAAGACCAUUCUUAAUCCUACCUGGAUUUCACAACCCAACUAAACAAACAAGCAGAAGAAACAAACAGAACCUGCGAGGGCGGCAAACAGGAGCGUUGAUCUGUGACCAUCAGAGCCACAAGAUAAAUGGCGGACAAGCAGAUCAGUUUGCCUGCCAAAUUGAUCAAUGGGGGGAUCGCUGGCCUGAUUGGAGUGACCUGUGUCUUUCCCAUUGACCUGGCCAAGACUCGCUUGCAAAACCAGCAAAAUGGAUCUCGCCUUUACACCAGCAUGUCAGAUUGCCUUAUUAAGACCAUUCGGUCAGAAGGGUAUUUUGGGAUGUACCGAGGAGCUGCGGUGAACUUAACCCUGGUGACACCAGAGAAAGCCAUCAAACUGGCUGCCAAUGACUUCUUCAGGCACCACCUCUCCAAAGAUGGGAAACUCACUCUGUUUAAAGAGAUGCUGGCUGGCUGUGGGGCAGGUACAUGCCAGGUUAUUGUAACAACUCCUAUGGAGAUGCUGAAAAUCCAGCUCCAGGAUGCUGGAAGGAUUGCUGCUCAGAGGAAACUCAUGCCAGAGACGGUUGCAGCUGGAACCGUGGAGACAAAGUCCCCCACAGCCAUGCAGCUUACCAGGCAGCUACUGCGGGAAAAGGGCAUCGCUGGGCUCUAUAAAGGCCUUGGUGCCACUCUGCUCAGGGACGUUCCGUUCUCCAUCAUCUAUUUCCCUCUUUUUGCCAAUCUGAAUAACUUUGGUAAAAAAAAUGCAGAUGGCCCCGCUCCUUUUUAUGUAUCAUUUAUAUCAGGCUGCCUUGCGGGGAGCACGGCAGCUGUUGCUGUCAACCCUGUUGAUGUAAUAAAGACCAGACUGCAGUCCCUGAACCGAGGCAGUACAGAAGACACAUACAGUGGAGUGACUGACUGUAUAAGGAAAAUCAUGCGCAACGAAGGCCCAUCAGCUUUCCUGAAGGGGGCGUACUGUCGAGCCCUGGUCAUCGCACCUCUGUUCGGCAUCGCCCAGGUGGUCUACUUCCUGGGCGUGGGUGAAUUUAUCCUCAGCUUCAUGCCUAAAAAGCACGACUAAAGAGCACAUCCUCUUUGCCUUUCCCCCUCCACGAUGCAUCAUAUCAGCCACCUCUAGAUUCAUUUUUAUCCCGGUUAUUCUGAGGUCGCUCCUUGACCGAUCUGUAAGGUUUCAUUUAGUUGUGUUGAAUGUUCAAAAAAAAAAAAGUUCAGGAAGGAGCCUUUGUUAGCCAAGCUGCCUGUCGUGGCACACACUAUUUCCAGGAUGCUCUCUGGAAAAGACGCCACAAAUAUCCAGAUAAACAUCUUAAAGGAAUAUUUAACAUUUUAUUGCUGUUUUUUUUUAAAUAUAUGAUUGUUGAGGUUUUACAGUAGAUGUAUCGCCCUUUUCUGCUGCCCUUCUGCACCAAUACAGGAAAUCAUUAGGCUUUUAAAUUCUUUUAAUCCCACAGAAGGCGGAUGUGAAAUUAUCAUUUGAAAUGAAAUUGUAAAUGAAGAGCACAGUUUUCACUUAGAGAGAUAUUUAAACACAAAAGUUCUAGUGGAAUUAAAAAAUAUAUACUUGCCCAAGAUUCUUUAUCUUAAGAAAUGUGUUUUAUGCUGUGAAGUGUUGUGAUACCAGCAGAAUCUUAGUCAUCCAUUCUAAGAGCCACUUUCCUUCAUGUACAGGAAGUGGUUGUAAUGCACCUGACUUUGAUUACUUUGACUUUUGAAGUAGAUCGGGUUCCAUUUAAGGUUUAAGAGCUACCACAAUGUUUUGACUGUUUUGGCUCCUCCUUUCAAAGAUGUCUCCGUUUCUUGGUUACGCUUCAGGCCGAACUUGCCGACAACACAGUCCCAAUUGUUGAAGUCUGAUGCAGAAUUGUAGGGAAUGCAUCUGUGGGGAAAAAAGUGCUCCCAUUCCAAUCAGUGUAGUCACAGAGGGAGGGUUACAUUCAUGCAUGAGGGGAGAAGACUGCUGUAAAAUCCCUCUUUGUGGCUACAUGUGCAGCAGACAGGAGCAGCUUUACGUUAUGUCUCCAUCUUUAUAAGUAAAAAAAGGAAAAAGAUUCAAGCUUGAAGUAAUCUGGUGGAUUUGGAAUCUUAAAUUGACAUCUAAAAAAUGACAAAAACAGUCAUCCAGUGUGGUGCACAUAAAUCUAAAGUCAUUUUAGUCCAUUUAGAGGCAGAAAUAUAAUUAUUUAUGUUUACAGAUGGGUUCUUACUCGUUUUAACACUUUGUCCAAACUUGAAUUCAGUGGCAGGACCCAAAGAGCUAAUGAAAAUCUCUGCGUAUCCGAAGAUCAAACCGUCGUGUUGUAAGCAUCAUGUGACUUUUCUUUACCAAACCCUCUCUGCUUCGUUUGCUUUGGAGGUUCUGUUUGCUUUAAGCGGCUGCCGCUGUAUCUCGUUUAUGUAUCGCAACAACGCCGAAACCUUGCCAUGGCUUUAUCUCACCAGAGAUCAAGGUGACCUUGAUGAGUAGGAUCCAAUCAGGUUCCUUCCUUUGCUCCCCACCGGUCAAGCAAGUGGGGCUGCAUUGUUGACACUCAUUACAACUUUAAAGUCGGGAGGGAAUUUUAUUUAUCAAUGUUCCUUUCUGAUCGUCAAAAUAGCACUAUAUAUUUGUACUUGUCUGAUUUUUUUGUGUCAAACUGUCCACCUGAACUAUAUUGUACAUAUGCAGAUGAUAUGAAGUGUUUUUGAUUUUUUUUGUAAACAAUGGCUUAUUUGCACACCUACCUCUCCCCUUCCUCUCAUGUUUUUAUGUUCUACCGGUGUGGGCAUACAGAAGGAAGGACCAGACGCUCGUUGAAUGAUGUGAACUCAAAUGCAAUGUGAUGCUUUUUUUUUAAUGUAUGCCAACAGCGAUGUCUUAGGUUGCUUUUGGAGGCGCCAUUUUCUCCAGAGCUUUAGUUAUUCAUUAGUUAUUUAAUCACAGGACCAAAUCAAAAAAAAAAUCUUAAUGCUGAUAGAAGUGCGGUUUAAAGAGAAUGACUUACAAAAAUGACAUGAAAUGUAAACGGUUGUCAGGCAAGCGGAGAGGAUUUAAGGUGGAAUCAGUCUGUCUGUUUGGUGCUGCCUCUUUAAGGCAAAAGCAGAAACUGAAAGCCAUAGUUCAGCUUUGAUGGAACGACUGGCCAGUUUUAGAAAAUCUGGCAAAAAAAAAAAGAAGCCCACCUAGCUCCACUUUAUAAGUUACUCUUGCGUUUUGUUGAUGAUGCAACUUGAUUUCAUACAUGCUGUUGUUGUGAUCACGAUGCCUUUGUGUUGUGGUGAGAUUUUUGUUUUCCUUCCCUUUCUCCCUCUGUCACAGAGUCUUUUUCAUCCGAUUUUUGCUUUUAUUGUCAAAUUCUCAUGUAAAUGGUUUCUCCUCAGCUGUGCUUUUUACCAAUCUGUGUAUUGGGUUAUGUGUGUGUGUCUGAUUGUGUAGUGUUGUAGUUGGUGUGCAGUUGUUAGUGACGCUGCAGUAUUUUUCUCUUUGGUUUUGCUCGGUGUAUUUGUUGCAAUCACGUGCAGUUUGCUCUGACCGGCGUCUGCAGCUGCAGGACGCUGGAUGCAGGUCAGCACAUGGGGGAACUAAAAAAAAAAGUAUGAUUUGGAAAAGAAAGCACAAAAAGGACAACUUCACACAAGAGAAUACUCUCUGAAAAUCACUGGAAGCCUGUGUGCUGAUUUGCAGACAUGAAUUAUUUCUGUCAAAAUGGUUAAAAACGUUUUUUUAUUUCUUUUAUCCAUGUUGUAAAACCAUAGGGCUGAGACUUCUGGUCAUUAUAAAAGCCACAAGAUAGAUGUUACCCAACAUCUGUUGGACACAAAAAAUGUAUAAUCCGUACAUAAUCUAUAUGAAUCAAAUAUAAGAAUGUACUGUAGAUAUUAUGAAAUGUAUUCCAGUUAAAGUGAAGAGUUGAUUCAAUUUUUAAUCUCGUGCUUUACACAUUCACAGAGAAAUUCAUGAACCAGUUCACUGCUAUGCAACAAAUCAAGGCCGCAGACAACGCUAAACACAACACUUGUAUGACCAAUGCAGCUGGGGGAGCUUGGAGGUCUUUCUGAGAUUUGAGUGCACCUCAGCCCCCUUUAGUUCUCUUCCUCCACGAGGAAAUGUGCAACAUGCACUUUAAAUAAAACAAGAACCCCUAAACACCCCUGCUUUCCAUUUACAGAGUCUCUGUGACACGGAGGGUGUUAGUGAGUACAUGUGGUGAGUGACAGUUGUUCUGGAAACGCCAUGUUCAACAAUAUUAUUGUGUUCUCUGUCACAAUUUGCUGUUCAAUAAACUGACUGUCCUUCGAA